AUGAAUAUUUUAGUUUACAACGGCCCAGGUACAACACCUGGGUCAGUAAGGCAUGCAGUUGAGACGUUUCGUCAGUUUCUAGAGCCUUAUUAUGCAAUUAAUGUUGCCUCGCCAAAGGUUCUAGAAACUGAACCUUGGAUAACCAAGACCGCUGCCAUUGUCUUCCCAGGUGGUGCUGAUUUACCGUAUGUGAGAGAGUGUAGACCAUUCAUGAAUAAAAUAAGAGAUUAUAUCUAUAAGUCUGGCGGAUUAUACAUUGGCUUCUGCGCUGGUGGAUAUUUUGGCUCAAAGAGAGUUGAAUUUUGCCAAGGCAUUCCAAACAUGGAGGUUACUGGUGGAAGAGAUCUACAGUUUUUCCCUGGAAUAGCAAGAGGGCCUGCUUAUGGAACCUACAAGUAUAAUAGUGAAGAAGGAGCCUGCGCUGCAAAACUUCUAGUUAAUAAUGGCAAUGUGGUGUACAAUUAUUUUAAUGGUGGAGCCGUCUUUGUUGAUGCAGAUAAAUGUGAUAAUGUAGAAGUUUUAGCUCAUUAUAGUGACAGUACCUCUGUUUCCUUUUCAGAUAGUGUACCGUUUCAUGGAAAACCUGCAGCAGUAGUGCUUUGUGAAGUAGGAAGAGGGAAAGCACUACUUACUGGAGCUCAUCCAGAGUUUACACCUAAAAUAAUGGAACAAUCGCAAGAGUCGGGCCACCUAUCUCAGGCUAUAUUACAAGUUCUUAAAGAUAAUGACAAGCAGCGAUUGCAGUUUUUGCAAUAUAUCUUCUCAAAAGCUGGCCUACAUUGUAAUGAUAGUUUUGGUGAAAAUAAAAGACCUGAUUUGACGCCACUAUUGGUAUGUUCAAGAGAUAAAAGUAAGGUCGAUACAUUUAAAGAUAUGAUAGUACAGAAUAUGAAGGACUUGGUCGAAGUCGACGGCCGUAGUGAGACAUCGGGAGAAAGUAAUACGUUCAAAUUUUACGAAGGAUUCAAUAGUCAAUACGCUGUUGUUACUAAUAGUUUAAGAGGCAUUGAUCCUGAAAAUGCUCCUGUAAGUAUAAUAUUUCCUAGUGUCGAUGAGGGGCUACCAGACAAGUCUUUUAUUUCACACUUUGAUGUCCAGAAGUAUUUUAAGCAUUUGCACUCUCAAAAUUCGUUGGGGUCACUGCUGCUUUAUGGGGACGUUGUGACUUCAACAAGCUCUAUGCUGAACCAAAACCAUAGUUUUGUAAAAUCAAUGCCAGAUAAUUCAGUUCUACAUGUUGGAACUAUUCAGGUCCUAGGUAAAGGUAGAGGAGGUAACGCGUGGGUCAAUCCAAGAGGUGUGUCAGCUUCUACCGCUGUAGUUUCUGUACCCACACAAUCUCCAACGACAGGAAAACCAGUGCCAUUUGUAUUUGUACAAUAUAUCGCGAUGUUGGCAUAUUGUGAGGCCAUAUUUUCGUAUGGUGAUGGAUAUGAGGAUCUCCCCAUAAGGAUAAAAUGGCCGAAUGAUCUUUACGCCCUAGAUCCAAAAUACUACCAUAAUAACAAGAUGACAUUGUUAGGAGGUGGGCUCAAUUCGCAUGCGGUUCCACUUCAAGAAAGAGAGCCAGCUUUUUGUAAAAUAUCGGGACUUUUGGUCAAUACCUUCUUUGACAUUGAUAAAUAUAUUCUUCUUUUGGGAUGUGGUUUAAACGUUGACAAUAAUGGGCCUACAACAUCUCUAAAUGGAUGGGUACGUCUACUGAACCAGGAGCGUGAGAAUGCACAUCUGCAACCCUUACCUCCGAUCGAAAUCGAAGUUCUUCAAGCUCUCUGUAUGAACAGACUACAAUCACUUCUGAAGAAGUUCAUAGACUGUGGGGCUGAGGCAGUACUACCUGAAUAUUACAAAUUUUGGUUGCACUCAAACCAAGUUGUAAAGUUAAGUGAGCAUGGAAAUGUAUUGGCCAAAAUAACAGGUAUUACAGAGGAUUAUGGUCUCCUCAUAGCUAAGGAACUUGUCAUGGGAGGUGAUUCAGAAUUCACUGGGACAAUAUAUCAUCUACAGCCUGACGGUAACACGUUUGAUAUAUUUAAAGGACUCAUCGCAAGAAAAGUGUAG